AUGGGCCGGUUGGGCUGGGUCCUCCUCACCCUCCCAGCCCUGCUCUCCCAGAUCAGCGUUCCGGCAGCGGCCCAGAAGCCACCUGGGCUGAGCGUGGGGGUGGUCUUGGGUCAGACGCGGCCAAUCAGUGACCAGGAUAUAAUCCCGGUAAGGCAGAACGACUACCCUCUGGAGCUGACCGUCACCACCCUGAGAAUCAACCAGACAGACCCCAAGACUGUCAUCACACAGGUAGGUAGGGGGGGGAAACCAGCAUGUUGGGCGGGUGGACUUGUAUGUGGGAUGGCUUUGUCUGAACCCUCAGGUGUGUGUGUGUAACACCUACCUGUGUGUGUGUGAUACCAGGUGUGUGUAACACCUACCUGUGUGUGUGUGAUACCAGGUGUGUGUGUGUGUGUAACACCUACCUGUGUGUGUGUGAUACCAGGUGUGUGUGUGUGUAACACCUACCUGUGUGUGUGUGAUACCAGGUGUGUGUGUGUGUAACACCUACCUGUGUGUGUGUGAUACCAGGUGUGUGUGUGUGUAACACCUACCUGUGUGUGUGUGAUACCAGGUGUGUGAGCUGCUCCAGAGGAAGCCUCUCCAUGGUCUUGUCUUCGCUGACGGGACGGACCAGGAAGCUAUCUCUCAGAUCCUGGACUUCCUGUCCUCUCAAACAUCACUUCCUGUCCUGGGGGUGUACGGGGGAUCCUCCAUGAUCAUGGCCGACAAG